AUAUAUAUAUAUAUAUAUAUAUAUAUAAGAGAAAUAAUUCUUUAUAAUUUUAAACAUUAUUAGUAUUUUAUUAUCAGCCAAAUGAAUACAGUUGAUAAAGCUAGUGAUUCUACUGAAAGUAUAAAUGGACAUAAAGUACAUAAUGUGGAAGAAAUUCAAAUACCUGUACCAUGGGGUUACUUAAGCGGCAAAUGGUGGGGACCAAUGGAUCAACAGCCCAUAGUAGCAAUACAUGGCUGGCAAGAUAAUGCUGGAACAUUUGAUAAAUUAAUUCCAUUAUUACCAUCAAAUGUAGCCAUUCUAGCUAUAGAUUUGCCAGGUCAUGGUCUAUCUUCCCAUCUUCCUACUGGACAAUUUUAUUAUGUAUUUUGGGAUGGGCUUGUUAUACUACGCAAAUGGUGGGGUCCUAAAGGGAUCCAACCAAUAGUGGCUCUGCAUGGACGUCAAGAUAAUGCUGGCAGUUUUGACACUUUGAUUCCUUUAUUAUGUGAUGAGAUUUCAGUACUUUGUUUGGAUAUGCCUGGUCAUGGUUUAUCUUCCCAUUAUCCAAAAAGUCAAUACUAUUAUGUUUACUGGGAUGGUAUUAUUCUACUUCGUAGAAUUGUAAAAUAUUUCAAAUGGAAGAAGGUCAAAUUACUUGGACAUUCCUUAGGAGGGGCAAUAUCAUUUUUAUAUGCUGCAUUUUAUCCUGAUGAAGUGGAAUUCAUGAUAAGUUUAGAUAUUGCAAGUCCUAGUGUAAAAGAUGUGGCAAAAAAUGUUGCUAUACUCAGUGAUAGUAUUGACAAAUUUUUAAAAUAUGAAUUGCUACAAUCUGACAGUAUUCCAUCUUAUAGUUAUGAUGAAGUGCUUAGCAUUGUUGAAGAUGCUUAUAAAGGUUCCAUAACCAGAGAAAGUGCCAUAAUAUUAAUGAAACGUGGUUUGCGACCUGCCAAUGAAUCCGAACGAUAUUAUUUUUCACGUGAUCCGCGAUUAAAGGUAACAUUUUAUUCGUUAUGAUAUAUAAUUUAUAUAUAUAUAUAUAUAUAUAUAAUAUUAUAUAUAU